ACACACACACACACACACACUCCGAUACAGCGACAGAAGCUGCGCUGCGCCCGUCACCAUGCCUGUGCGACAGAAAGAUGCCCAGCGGGCCCUGGAGCUGCUCCAGCAGUACCGGGUCAAACUGAACCAGAGACAGCAGAACCAGAGUCGGAGCAAACAGGGUUCUGCAGAGGAGGACCGUCAGCUGACGCAGUCUUUGGACCGAGUCAUCAACGUCUUCCAAAGUCAACUCUUCAGCGCUCUUCUUGAUAUACAGGAGUUCUACGAGGUGACAAUCCUGCAGGACACUCAAUGUUCUGAGAAACUUCCAGCUCCAGCAGAACAAUCACCAGUAAGUCCUUCGAGUCCCCCUGCCUCUGGAGAACCAUCCAAACCUAGCAAGACCAAGUCUAUCAAAUCCACCUCCCUACCUAACCAAGAUGGAGCGCCUACAAAAGCAUCAUCUUCUCCUACAAGACAGCCCAGCAUACCACAGUCUCACCCCGCCAAAGUAAAGUACCGUGCUCCUCCUCCACCAGUCCAACCAGAAAGCUCUAAGUCUGCAGAGCUGGUUAUUUCCAAACCCUCUUCACCCUCUGCUGCCUCGCCUUCCAGUGUUACUGUCAGCAGUGUGGAAACUCCCAGUGUUCCCACUAAACCAUCUCAAAAUGGAACCAACUCGCAUGCCACUGACGCAAAGUCACAGAGUACAACAAACCCAAAAAACCCAGCUGCCUCUAAAGACCUGAAUCUGGUGACUGUCUCUGCGCUCGUCUCCAGCACCAUCCAGGGUCUUGUGUCACCAACCACUCCAGAUAUAGCUACUCCUACUAGCAUCACUCCAACCAUCAGUCCCAGUCUAAAUACAGGCUCGGGAGCUGGUGUUUUUGCAGCUGCUUCCAUCAGUAAAGAUCCAGGAAAGAGCGUCAUCAAUGCAAGUAAAAGUCCAACGAGCCCCAGUCAUGGAAAAUUCUCAUUCGAGAGCAAAAGUCCAACAAGUCCUUCAGCAAAGCAAAGCAAAGGACUUCCUCUUAGUCCAACCAGCCCUGGGCGGGGAAAGGCUACCAGUGAUAGCCCCGGCUACGGACCAACCCGCUCCAAGUCGCCCGCAGCCCCACUGGCCACAAACAGGAAGUAUCGAUAUCAAGAAGAGGAAGGGGCUUCAACAGGUGCCCCAAGACUCCACCAUCACACCUGCCAUCAGCAUCCAAUGGGAAUAGCCGGAGAGAUAACGGAUGGAGAGACCCUGGGGAGGGAUGGAGGGACCCUGGGGAGAGAUGGAGGGACCCUGGGGAGGGAUGGAGGGACCCUGGGGAGGGAUGGAGGGACACUGGGGAGGGAUGGAGGGACUCUAGGAAGAAGUGGAGGGACACUCGGGAGGCAGGGAGGGACGCUAGGCAGGGACAGAGGGACUUGGAGGCGAGGUGGAGGCGGCAUCGGGAGCAUGGAGCGAGAACGGGACCGAUCCCUGGGGAGGGACGGCUCCCUCGGUCACCACGGUGACCUGCGUGGGGCGGAGCUGGUGCAGGUGGCGGAGCGGCAGCUUUCCCAUAUCCAACAUGUCCACGGAUACGUCACUCAUACACACAUCGCACCUACUCAGGUAGAAUCACCCGAGGCACCAUUUGAUGAGGAGGUGUGGCCUCACUCAGAAGGCGAGAGGCUGAAUGAAGUUCCAGCUCCGCCUUUCUCCUCCUGUAUUCACAAGCCACUCCUACUAUCAGACGAGGUGCAAAGAGGAAGCAGGAGAGACGGGAAUCUGGAAGCUCUGGGAAGUGGAUUCUUGACGUUUUCACCUGGGAUGAUGGAAACAUUCAUGAACAACAGCAGGCAACCAGGUGGACAAAUGUCCGCCUCGGUUCUUCAAAUCUGA